AUGCAAAGCUCUGCUAUCGCUACCGCCCUCAAUACUCGUGCUCAACCCAAUGAGGAUGUGCUGCCAGCGACCCAUUUGUUGCACCGCAAGACUGUCCGCAACUGGGAUGGCACAGAAGUCAUCCGCGCAGUCGAGUCUGUCCGCACGAUCCUCCCCGUUACUCGGCAAGGGCCGCAAACUGCCUCAAGGUCACUCCAGCCAAAAUCAAUUGCAUACCCGUAUAAUUUGUUGACGACUCCACUUAGUGCUCGAGCUCGAGUGAUUGAGCAGACUCGACAUGGCUUCACCGCGCUCUCAACCGCAUUCUUGUCUUUCUUUCGCCGUGCUACUACAUAUAGGAAGAAGCUAGACACGCUCUUUGGAGACUUUCGCAUGCAGCCGCAGAACGGGCAGCUGAUGCUAGACCUUUGCACUUUUGCGAUCAACCCAGCUCAUUCGAAUGAAUUCGAAGACUUACAAGGGGACUGGAAGACUCUGAUGGAAGACAGCGUCUCGGCAUGGAAGUUAUACACAACUAUUGAGUCUAUAUUCGCCGUGUUUAUAUACACUGUACUGCAAAACAUCGGCAGUACUGACGCCGUCUCGUACAGUGUCGCAUACCUAGCCAUCGGUUCAGUCGGCGUUGGGUUCGCUGUUAAUCGACUCCUAGUCAGUUGGCUCGACAAUGAUGAGUGCAAGACCUACCAUUAUGCUCUGCACGUCAAGGCUCGUAGGAUUGACAACCAAACCAGAUUCUAUCCUUCACAUGAGGCACUAUUCUCACUUGGGUUUCGAACACUUGUCUGGAGUACUCUUUCGGCAGCGGCGAUAUUUCUUUACUCGAUGCUUCAAGCCACGAAUGGCGGUGAUCUCCUAUCGCAAUCCGCAACAUUCGUCAUAGUAGCACGAGUCAUUGUAGCAUGCAUCCUACUCAUUGGCGCUAGCUGCCUUUGGUCCAUCCAGCAUGAAUUUGGCGCCUGUCAGGCAGACAUGCGAGGAUGCAAGUGUCUGCGUCGGAAUCAUGGUUCUCCGUAG